AUGAACCUGCCUGUAAAGUCAAGGGAAGGAAGAAGUCACGAUGGUCUGUCGACAGGUGGGGAGCAGCUCGAACGUGCUCCACCAGAGCCGACGGAGGCGAAACAGGAAAGCCUGCUUCAUGAGGAGGCAAUGGCGAGUGGCCACACGAAGCAGGAGGCCGGGGACAAGCUUGUGCCCAAUACUGAUAGUGCCAUGAUCGAUCCCAUGAGUGAGAUUUACAGGUUCACUCCCAUGCCUCUUCCCACCACGUCGAGGAGAAAUAACUCAGAUUUAGCUCAACCUGGAGCCUAUGGGGUAGUAGGUGCCCCCAAUUUCCACCGUUUCCGUGCACCACGACGACAGGACUCGGAUGAAGCGGAAACGGCUCCACCGCCAGAAAUUGAAGGCUUGGCGGUGGCAAACUUGGUUACAGAAGAAGACCGUGACAAUUUGCCCACCGCCAGGCCACAACAGAUGGGCAGGGAAAGGGAGCAAGAAUCCAAGAAAUUCAAAACAAAAAUCUUUGUUGGAGUCAUUCUCAUUGUGGCAUGUGUUCUUAUAGUGCUGACUGUUCUAGUCCCCAACAACAAGGACGAAUCUAGCAGGGCUCCCACCAAAACUCCCAGUGCGAGCCCAUCCGAGGCACCCACAACAUUGAUGGAUUCCAUUCUAUCACUACUCCCCAUGGAGACCAUAGUCACAAUCACGGAGGAUGCAGAGUCGCCCCAGUCAGAAGCAUUGGAUUGGCUCAUGCAGGAGGGCCAUGAGUUACGACUAUCUCUUUCUUCCGAAAGGAUCCUUCAAAAGUUUGCCCUUGCUACUCUAUUCUUUGCCACUGCUGGCGAGGCUUGGAUUGAUCACACCAACUGGCUCAACCAUAGUGUCAACGAGUGUGACUGGUUCAACAAGCCGGAAUUUGCAGGGGUUUCAACUUGGCGAACGUUUCUUGGCGAGGGAUUCCUACAAGGUUUCUUCCCUGGAGAUGAACAACCAGCAAUCUGUGGGGAUGAUGGUCUUUAUCAGCAUCUUUGGUUGGACGAGAACAACCUUGCAGGAUCUCUUCCUAUGGAACUCUAUCUACUUACAAACCUGCAGACAAUGUCCCUUUCCAACAAUCGAUUGCAGGGAUCAAUCUCCAGUCACAUUGGUCAGCUUGGUAGUAUGCAAGGACUCUUUCUCAACCGAAUGGUGGAAUCUGGUCAAAUCCCAUCGGAAAUUGGUCUCUUGACCAAGCUAAAAGCACUCGUCCUUUUAAGCAAUAGUCAUGAUGGGACUCUUCCCAGUGAGCUGUGGAAGCUUUCUGAGCUCGACACUCUGCUCUUGAGUGGCAACCGCCAGCUGCAAGGCACGCUUGCAACUGAGAUUGGCAAUUUCCAUCAAAUGAGGUGGCUUGGUUUGGACGCUUGUGAUCUCCAUGGAACAAUCCCUUCGGAGAUUGGUACUGACAUUGUCCAUCAAUGGUCUCUAUGGGACAAUCCCUGCUUCUUUGGGAAGAUUGACGGACCUGUUCUUGCUAGCUUUUGA